GUGUGCCCCUCUCACCAUGGCUGCAGCCGGGAGACCCCACUGUGUGUGUACGGGGGGUAGCUGCCCGCACUGCUCUCUAUGAAGACCCGCAACUACCUGUGCGUUUCUAUACACUCGCGUUACCGGCCGGCACGGAGCCCCCGGGUUGGGGCUUUCUGACAGUGGCUACUCCUAGCCUGACACAAUAAAGCGGGGAGGACUUCUUCAGUGGCAGGAGCUGCCGUCCGCUGACCGUUCGGGGCACCAGCUAUACGGGCUGAGGGGUAGAAGCCCACCUCGCCAGACCCCCGGGCUCUGGACUUACAGCAGCAUCUUAUAGGAUCUGACUUGAAGUCGGGAAUAUGGCGUCCUACGUGGAUAACAGUUUCAGACAGGCUGUGAUGAAGCCCCCGGCUGAUAGAAGCCCCCAGGAUCUGGAGAUUGUGUAUUCGUAUCUUCAUGGAAUGGAAGCUCUGUCUAAUCUUAGAGAGCACCAGUUAAGAUUGAUGUGUGAAACUGUCCGAUACGAACGACAUGAAGCUAAUGAAGUCUUGUACUACCCCGAUGAUAUUGGUACCUGCUGGUAUAUUCUUUUGUCUGGUUCUGUAUUCAUUAAAGAGUCCAUGUUUCUUCCAAGGAGCAGCUUUGGAAAGCGGUCUGCAGGAAGCUUCAGGCGUGGCUGUGAAUGCAUUGUGUUGGAGCCCUCCGAAAUGAUCGUGGUGGACUAUAUGGAUGAAAAUGAAGAGUAUUUUCAACGCCAAGCUUCUCACCGGCAGUCUCGCAGAAGGUUCCGGAAAAUCAACCAGAAAGGAGAGAGACAAACAAUUAUUGAUACCGUGGACCCCUAUCCGGUUGGCAAACCACCUUUGCCAAGAGGCUACCAUACGCUCCCUGCUGAUUUUACCAAGCUGCACAUUACCGACAGUCUACAUCCACAGGUGACCCAGGUGUCUUCCAGCCAUUCGGGAUGUAGCAUCACCAGUGAUUCCGGGAGCAGCAGCCUGUCUGAUAUCUACCAGGCCACAGAAAGUGAGCCCGGAGAUAUGGACCUAAGUGGGCUGCCAGAGACCGCUGUGGACUCAGAAGAUGAUGACGAUGAAGAGGAUAUUGAGAGGGCUUCGGACCCCUUGAUGAGCAGAGACAUUGUCAGAGACUGCUUGGAGAAGGACCCGAUAGACAGGACAGACGAUGACAUUGAACAACUCCUGGAAUUCAUGCACCAGCUGCCUGCUUUUGCCAACAUGACCAUGUCAGUGAGACGCGAGCUUUGUGCGGUCAUGGUGUUCGCUGUGGUGGAGCGAGCCGGAACCGUUGUGCUCAACGAUGGCGAGGAGCUCGACUCCUGGUCAGUUAUUUUGAACGGCUCUGUAGAAGUGACAUACCCGGAGGGGAGAGCAGAAAUGCUUUGCAUGGGGAAUUGCUUUGGCGUCUCUCCAACCAUGGAGAAGGAACACAUGAAGGGAGUGAUGAGAACCAAAGUGGACGACUGCCAGUUUGUGUGCAUAGCCCAGCAGGAUUACUGCCGCAUCCUCAAUCAAGUGGAAAAGAACAUGCAGAAAGUGGAGGAGGAGGGUGAAAUUGUGAUGGUGAAAGAGCACCGAGAGCUGGAUCGCACUGGGACAAGAAAAGGUCACAUUGUCAUCAAGGGGACAUCAGAACGUCUAACAAUGCAUCUGGUGGAAGAACAUUCUGUGGUUGACCCUACCUACAUUGAAGAUUUCCUCUUAACCUAUAGGACAUUCUUGUCAAGCCCCAUGGACGUUGGAAAAAAAUUGUUGGAGUGGUUUAAUGACCCUAGCCUCAGGGACAAGGUUACACGUGUGGUGCUGCUGUGGGUGAAUAAUCACUUUAAUGACUUUGAAGGUGACCUCGCAAUGACUCGUUUUUUAGAGGAAUUUGAGAACAACUUGGAACGAGAGAAAAUGGGUGGACACCUGAGAUUAUUAAAUAUUGCAUGCGCGGCCAAAGCAAAGCGGAGAUUGAUAACACUCACAAAGCCAUCCCGGGAAGCCCCCUUGCCGUUCACCCUACUGGGAGGGUCAGACAAAGGUUUUGGCAUCUUUGUAGACAGCGUGGAUCCUGGAAGCAAAGCUAUGGAGGCUGGCUUAAAGAGAGGGGAUCAGAUACUGGAGGUGAAUGGGCAAAACUUUGAAAACAUUCAGCUUCCCAAGGCGAUGGAAAUCUUGAAGAACAAUACUCAUUUGUCUAUCACUGUGAAAACCAAUUUAUUUGUAUUUAAAGAGCUCCUGUCCAGGAUGCUGGAAGAAAAAAGAAAUAGUGCCCCUCACUUGCCUAAAAUUGGUGACAUCAAAAAGGCUAGUCGCUAUUCUAUCCCAGAUCUUGCCGUUGAUGUGGAACAAGUUAUCGGAUUGGAGAAAGUGAGCAAGAAAGGCAAAGCUAAUACCGUUGGAGGAAGAAACAAGUUGAAAAAGAUUCUCGAUAAGACGCGGAUUAGUAUCUUGCCUCAGAAGCCUUACAAUGACAUUGGAAUUGGCCAAUCUCAAGAUGACAGCAUUGUCGGACUCCGACAGACGAAGCACAUGCCGGCUACGCUGCCCGUCAGUGGAACGCUGUCAUCCAGCAAUCCUGACUUACUGCAGUCCCACCAUCGCAUCCUGGACUUCAGCACCACCCCAGAUCUACCUGACCAGGUGCUGAGGGUUUUCAAAGCAGACCAGCAGAGCCGUUAUAUCAUGAUAAGCAAGGAUACUACAGCCAAGGAGGUGGUCAUUCAGGCCAUCAGAGAGUUUGCACUAACCGCAGUCCCUGACGCGUACUCAUUGUGUGAGGUGUCCGUCACUCCGGAAGGAGUCAUCAAGCAGAGGCGGCUGCCCGAUCAGCUCUCUAAACUGGCAGACCGAAUACAUCUCAGUGGCAGAUAUUACCUGAAAAAUAAUAUGGAAACUGAAACUCUGUGCUCAGACGAAGAUGCCCAGGACCUCUUACGAGAGAGCCAGAUUUCACUGCUGCAGCUGAGUACCAUUGAAGUGGCAACGCAGCUCUCCAUGAGGAACUUUGAGCUGUUUCGUAACAUCGAACCGACAGAAUAUAUCGAUGACCUAUUUAAACUGAAAUCAAAAACAGGCUGCGCCAAUCUGAAAAGCUUCGAAGACGUCAUAAACCAGGAGACCUUCUGGGUGGCCUCAGAAAUCCUCCGAGAAACCAACCAGAUAAAACGGAUGAAGAUCAUCAAGCAUUUCAUCAAAAUAGCUCUGCAUUGCAGAGAGUGCAAAAACUUCAACUCUAUGUUUGCAAUUAUAAGUGGCUUAAAUUUGGCACCCGUGUCAAGGCUCAGAACAACAUGGGAUAAGCUUCCUAGCAAGUAUGAGAAGCUUUUCCAAGAUCUCCAGGACCUCUUUGAUCCUUCCAGGAACAUGGCUAAAUAUCGCAAUGUGCUUAACAGCCAGAAUCUCCAGCCCCCUAUCAUUCCGCUCUUUCCUGUUAUCAAGAAGGACCUUACCUUCUUACAUGAGGGCAAUGACUCCAAAGUGGACGGUUUAGUAAACUUCGAGAAGCUUAGGAUGAUUGCUAAAGAAAUCCGUCACGUUGGCCGCAUGGCUUCAGUGAAUAUGGAUCCUGCUCUUAUGUUCAGAACAAGGAAGAAGAAGUGGAGGAGUCUGGGAUCUCUUAGCCAAGGCAGUACUAAUGCAGCAGUACUUGAUGUAGCGCAGACUGGCGGACACAAGAAGCGGGUACGCCGUAGCUCUUUCCUAAAUGCCAAGAAGCUGUACGAAGACGCUCAGAUGGCUCGCAAAGUCAAACAAUAUCUGGCUGAUUUGGUUCUUGAAAUGGAUGAGGAGAACCUGCAGACACUUUCUCUUCAGUGUGAGCCUGCAACAAACACAUUGCCAAAAACACCAUGUGACAAGAGAUCAGGGAAGGCAGACACAUCACCAGUAGCACCGCGGGCAGCCACACAGCAGAAGCAGCAGCAACCUCCACCCAAGGUGAACCAGGCAUUGCAGGUGCCGGCCGUGUCCUUGUACCCUUCACGAAAGAAAGUGCCAGUCAAGGAUUUGCCACCUUUUGGAAUCAACUCACCGCAGGCGUUAAAGAAAAUUCUUUCUUUAUCGGAAGAAGGAAGUUUGGAAAGACACAGGAAGCCAGCAGAUGACUCAAUAUCAAAUGCCUCGUCACAACUUUCUUCACCGCCAACCUCGCCACAGAGCUCUCCAAGAAAAGGUUAUACUCUGGCAGCAAGUGGCACAGUUGACAAUUUCUCGGAUUCUGGACACAGUGAAAUCUCCUCUCGUUCCAGCAUAGUCAGUAAUUCUUCCUUUGAUUGUGUUCACCUACAUGACGAUCGGAGACAGAGGCAUUCAUUGAGCAUUGUGGAAACUAACCUUGGUGUUGGGAGGACUGACCGCAGAGCCGUCCUAGAAGCAGAUCACCAGUGCUGCAUAGGCUCCUAUGCACCUUUAUCGGACACCAGAGGUUUGUACGCUGGUGCAAUGGUUCUCUCCUCUCCCAGCAUGGAAGAGCUGUCUCAGGAUCAGGGCGAUAGAGCGUCCCUGGAUGCAGCUGAUAGCGGCCGUGGCAGUUGGACCUCUUGCUCAAGUGGAUCUCAUGACAAUAUACAAACUAUACCGCAUCAGAGAAGUUGGGAGACGCUCCCUUUUGGUCAUGUUCACUUUGACCACAGUGCCGACGGAGCAGGAUUUUGGGCCUCAGGCAGUCAUCCGGACCAGAGUAUUUUUCCCGAUCAUAGCACAAAGUACAGCAGACACAGCCAGGGAAGAGAAGCAUUAGAACAAGCACAGUCCAGAGCAAGCUGGGCAUCAUCCACAGGAUACUGGGGAGAAGACACCGAAGGAGACACUGGCACUAUCAAGAGAAGGGGUGGAAAAGAUGUCACCCUUGAUGCUGACACCAGCAGUAUAACAUCUGUGACUUCAGAUGAAUCCAAGGGGGUGGCUAUACCCUCGCAUAUUACUGUAACCUCCAGCUCUGCAAAGGGUCUGAUUGUGUAUUGUGUUACCACAGCAAGAAAAGAUGGUCGAUACCGGGAGCCCCCACCAACACCUCCAGGCUAUGUGGGAAUUCCCAUCGCUGACUUUGCAGAAGGACAUGCACCACUUUCCAGGAAGCCUCCAGACUACAACGUGGCAUUACAGCGUUCCAGAAUGAUGGCUCGGAGGAGUGAAAGUGAAGGAGCCCCAGCAACCUCUCCACCAUCUCACAGUCAGCCUUGCACGAGGCCAGUGAAUAAACCCCAGUGGCAUAAACCAAACGAGACGGACCCACGAUUAGCAGUGUACCAGACACAAGGGGUUCCAGCAAAGGACGAUGCAGAUGAUGAGCAAGUAUCUGCGGUGUAGGAAUCCGAGCUCUUCCUGUUCCAGGCUGAGCCACCUUAAAUGGAGAGCACAAGAGGAUGCCCCCUACAACAGGAGUUUGUGGACCUUCUGCCUCCUUCUCUGCCUUAAAGCAGCAACAGACAUCUUCUACCCUCCUCGCCUCUCUCCCUGGCAUGUGAAAUACUGUGAAGAAAUCACCCUGGCACUUUUUAUACCCUCUUCCUCAAACUGUGUUGCUUGAAAUCCACAGUGCAGCGACCCUGAUCUGAUGGUGGCUGGCUGACACCUCGCACAGUAUCAUUCCAGACUUUUCCAAACAUCACAUCAGCCAUGAUAUCUGCUGGUUGCACCACUUCAUGCCUGGAAGGGUGUUUUUAGCUUCUUUUUAAUCAUAUCCCUAGCAUUUGUCCAUCACUUGAUUACAUUUGGGCAAGCUAGUCGCGUGCUUCAAUUUUAACAUCAGCCGUGAAUCAUCUCAUCAGCACGGUUAUUAUUAGUUUUGUCUGUUUACAAUGUUGUUUAAGUUACAAUCCAAACCAGUUAGUGUGGGAGGCCUUGUAGUGUUGUAGGUACCUCCUGCAGUUAAAUAAAUAAAAAUUCUGAGUACAGAGAGCUUGUGUGUUACAUCAGGAUAAAUACAGUGUUAUUUCACAACUAAGUUAUGAUAAUUAUUUUUUUUAUGUUUAUAGAGAUUUUUAAUUGAGAAAUGAACUGGAUAACAUUGAAAUGAUGGCAGCUUUGGGACACUUAAAUAAUUCUACUCUGUUAAUGCCGACUAAAUUACUCGUCAUUCCCCACAAAACAAAAACCCAACAAACCCUCGGCCACCAUUGACAUUUUGUUUAGGCCAUCGCUUUGGACGCGACAUAUUUCUGGAAAUACAGACUGUUCUUUGCUGUUGUGUGGACACUGCACUUGUAGAGAAGGCCAAUGUGUAGCAUUCACCUGCUCACAGCUGCUACGUAUCACUUUCAGGACUGUCCCUACCAUUUGCACAGACUCCGGAUAAGUGAAGGCUGCCGAUCCGAGUAAAACUCCUGCGUGAGGAAUUUGUGGUCUUGGAUUUUUGUGCUUUUUUGUGUUAUAAUUAUUUUUUAUUUCCAUUGGCGUUCAGCUGAUCAUAUUGAUCAGUGGGUAACUCACACAUAUAUAUAUAUUAUGUAUAUAUAUACAACUUUAAGAAAAAAAGAAAAUAAGAAAGCAAAAUGCAGUGGUUUUUCACUGUGAAAAACAAUGUCAGUGCUUUAUUUAAUUAUACUCUCUAUCCAGUUAUCAUAGCUUUUGUCUAUCUUGCUUAUAUAUCACAUUGUCAAUUAUGCCUAUGUAAUUUUUCAUGUAAUACGCAUUAUAUGCCAGCUUUAUUAUGUAGGCAAUGGACCUCGUGCAUAUAGGCAGACAGACGUUCGGCUCGAUCACACAUUGCACAAACGUUCUAAGCAUUAUGUAACUGUAGGAUAUAGGACUGCUAAUAUCACUUCGCUCUGUGAUGUCCAGUGCAGAAUGUACAACUAACUGGUGAUUUUCUCAUACUUUUGAUACUACUUGUACCUGUAUGUCUUUUAGAAAGACAUUGGUAGAGUCUGUAUCCCUUUUGUAUUUUUAAUACAAUAAUUGUACAUAUUGGUUAUAUUUUUGUUGAAAAUGUUAGAAAUGUACUAUGUUAAUGCUUCUACCUCCAGUUUGUAUGAAGCUGGAGUACAAAUAAAUAUGACAAGCUAUUUGAUGGUA